CAGGCUCAGACCCCAGGCCACGGCCAUGACCGGACAGCCGGAUGUGUUUGAGAUCAGCGACGCUGAGCUCCUGGAGCUGGAUUUGGAGCAGCUGUGCGGCCCGAAGCCCCGGGGCUGUCACACCCAACCGCAGACUGACGGAGGAAAACCUGAACCGAGUGAUGAAGACAAUGAUCGCACACCAGUCAAGUCUGAGCCUUGCUGUAGCAACCAAGAGACAGCUGCACUGACAAGCAGGAAGGAUGAACAUCAAUCCAUCAAUCUGUCACCUGAGCCCGGAGAGGCAAGUGGCCCAAACCCUGACUGCACAGUCGCUAAAAGACAAAAGCAGGACAAACGGACACCAAUGGAGAAGUUUGGCCUAACUUACUUGAGUGUGACUCACUUAAGUAGACAGGUGUGGUGUGAGCAGCAAGUGGUUUAUGGGAUGGAAAUGCCGCAGAUUGAGAAGCUGCGAGCUGAGCUGCCAAUUGUGAAAGCGGGGAGCAGCCUACACCUGGCAAGAGAGUUGGAGGUCCAUGACAUUGUGGCAGUAAAUGUAACAAGCCGGGAAGAUAGUUGGGCCAUUAAACUUCUUAAUCUUCUCUCAGCGAUUCAAGUCCUACAGACGGGGGGGAUUGUGCGGGAGAUGCCUGUAUUUGGAGAGCUGGAUGGCUUGUUUCUGGUUGGUAUAAUCGAUGAGCUGCGUUAUAAUUCCAAGGGCGAACUUGAGCUGUGUGAAUUCAAAACACGCAGCCAGCGAUCAUUCCCAGGUGCAGCCCAGAGGAAAAGCCAUCACUUACAGGUCAGAGUGUACAAAUGCCUGUUCGAGGCCAUGAUCCGAGGUGAGGUGGACAAGGGCAUUCUCCUUCGCCAUCUCCGCUUACGGACCGAGCAACCCUUUGGCUCAGAGGUUUCUGAGCACGCUGAGAAGAUGGGAUUCACUGUGCACACGUUUGGUGACCUACUGGAUUUGGUGUUGUUGAAUCUAACCUACUCGGAGAUUCCCCAGAUCGACACUCUGAUGAUAGAAUACUGUUACCAGGCCGAUAGAUCUGCCAUUGGAGCGGAGGCGGUGUGCUUCCAGGAGGAAUGGCUGCGAAGAGAACUGGCGAAUUGCUUCUCCUUCUGGAAGGGGCAGAGGGAAGCCGAGGGGGUGGAUAUCGAAGAGGCGUGGAAGUGCUGCUCGUGUGACUUUGUUGACAUCUGCGACUGGAGGCAGAGAAAAGCCGAAGAAUUAACACAAAAAUAUAAAGCAAUUCAAAGCAGAGGCAGACCUAAGUUACAUUAAACAUGCGUUUCUUCUAUAGUUUCUCCUUGCAAGAAAGUCUAAUCUUGAUUAAAGCUACUGGAAAUUCUCAGAAGAGCGGUUUUAAGUUGAGAGAAGCUCUUUUUAUUGCCUAAACAGACUUCAUCAGAAUUAUUUUUUAAGUUGCAGGCAUUACGAUAAACUACAAGUUUGAUCACUACUUCACAAUGCAAUAAUAAUAAUAAUAAUUAAUGCAGCACCUUAUAACGUCGUUGAGACAUCGCAAACCACUUUGCAGGCUUUCGCAGUGAAAUGUAGUGAAUGUAUACUUGAAGGCAAACUGAGUUUUAUAUCCCAUACAGGACAAUUAAUGGACAUCUCAACAUGGGAAUAUUGGAUUGAAUGGAAUUACUGAGCUACAGCGUCAAUCCUUGUAUGCUUUAAUUGGACAUAUUGCAAAAUCUACGUCAAUUUUCAGUUGAAUGUAUGUGGAAUGUGUUUUAGAAGAAUGUUUAAAAGGUCCUUCCAGUCAAAGUAGUAGUGCUAUGUAUGUAUUCACAUUGGGCACUAGCGCUUAAUUCUAUGGCACUGAGGAACCAGAGUACAAUAUCCUGCGUUCUGCUAAUUUUCCAAUCCCAGCUGACUCACAGGGGAAGGGACAUUUGAGUUGUGGGUCUACUAUCCUGUGUCUUUAGAAUAGGUUUGAAAGGUGGUCACCUGCUGGAAUAAACAAUAAAGUGGAGAGAAAAUCCAUCCUGGUCUAGAUUUGCUUUUUAAUGUAGCAUUUCAGAGCAUCCAGAAUCUGGCAAUACAGCCUUAAUUUUGAAACUGGUUUUCUGUAAGUUUUUUUAAAAGAAUUCCCCCCAAAAAAAAAACUUCAAAGUUGAGACCGAAUAUUCAAUAAUUCGCCAAAUUCUGGACCGCCUAAGACGCAAUGCAGUGAAUCUAGACACAGGUGGAAUUUCCCCCGGAAGCAUCUAUUAGUAAAAAAAAACCUUUUCUAUUUUUAAAGCAUUGAGCAAUUUUUUUAAUAAAGUUAACAUUAAUCCAUGUGAAACAAUUUUAACCACUCUAUACACUACCUUUCUUUGAUGUAUUAUGUUAAAAUUAUUUUAAUGUCAUUUUAAAGGAAAAUGUCGAUGUGUUUUAUAUUUAUUUUCAAUAAAUAAAACUUGUGUUCUC